AGUUUCAUGACGUCAGUGUAACGCAGCCGUUAUACUCCUCCGGUGCAUCCCAAUAUUUCAAUCGAAGCAGGCGUUCGUUUUCCUCUUUUAGUUCCACUUAAAUGUGAUUGACAAUACUGAAAUGUGGCUUUUAAACUACGGUCUACAGACUGCAAGCGUAGCGGUGUUGUAUGUGGUCGGUUUCACCGGUGGAACCUUUGUUUUCGGUGCAGUCACGCUAUACCAACUGUUCCGCUUCACUCCUCUGUGGCCACUCGUUAUUCUGUAUUUAUCGUGGGUUUUUCUCAUCGACUGGAAAACCCCUGAACGAGGAGGAAGGGAUCUACUAAGAAACUUCGCAAGGCGACAAGCAAUUUUUAAGUAUAUAAAGGAUUAUUAUCCCAUGACGCUUGUGAAAACCAGUGAACUUGAUCCACAGACGAACUACAUCUUUGGUUAUCAUCCACAUGGUCUUUUUACAGAGGGAGCGUCCAUUGGGAUAGGUACGGAUGCCUGUGGAUUUGGUGAAAAAUUCCCGGGAAUUAUACCCCACCUUGCAGUUCAUUCAGGUAAAAACAGCUAUCACUCUGAAUUUUCACUGUACUGUGAAAACUGAAUCCUUGGUUUGUGGUCUUGCCAAAAACAUAAAGCAAUAAUUUAUAAUAUUUAGUACUGGGACAGCAUAAAACAAGGGUGAAUCCUUUUCGACCUUUCCGUUUGCUGGUGCUUCUACAUAUUUUUUAUGUGGAACUAGGACUGUGGAGUUGGGAUUUUGAAUCUUCGAAAUCCUGGGAGUAUAAUAUUAAUGAAUCAAUCAGAUUAAGAACUUCAUUCAAGCCACUCAGCUGAGGCAAAUAUUUAUUAUAGCGGCAUUGGAUUUCAGUGAAAUUUUAGUAAAUUAUUAUGUUGACAAUUAGGACAGUGUAAUAACCCUCUCAUAGGGCCAAAAGACCUGAUGAAGCUUGAUAUUUGCUUGAAGCAUCUACAUGUGUUGUGUCAUCUGUUGUUGGUGAUAGCAGGAAUAAAAAAUGACAUAAAUUUAAGAUUCACUUCUUAUUACAUCCUUGGAAACUGUUUCCAGACAGCUCCCGUCCUUUCCUUCUAUUUGUAUGCACUUCAGACUUUAUGAGAAAUGCAUUAGAACCUCAGUAACUCAAACUCUAAAAUGAAAUGCGAAACAGUUCUAAUUAGUUAGUGAAUCUGGUCAAGGGAAAGUAAAUUUGUUGUUGUUAGUGAGGAAUUUAUGUUAUCCAAAUUCCUGUUGACUGAGUAAAAAUGACUGAAAAGUGAGGGGAAAUCCAAGGGAAAUUGGACUUAGUUCGAGUUAGUAGGGAGUUCAAGUUAUCCAAGUUCGAGUUAUUGGGGUUCUACUGUAAUACAUUAUUAAUUUUGUGAUGUCAGAACCACAAACUCUGUUUGGGCAUCAGACUAGUCUGAGAUUUCACAUUUUUGCACAGGCUUACUGAAAGCAUGGAUAUAUCGUGAGAUACUACUGAGUCUUGGUGUGGUUGAUGCUACACGUGAGAGCAUAAAAUAUGUGCUGACCCAAAAGGGGGCAGGACACUCUAUUGUCCUUGUUGUUGGAGGAGCUGCAGAAAUUAGUCAUUGCCGUCCUGAUAGUUAUGUGCUACAAUUUAGUCGUCGUAAGGGAUUUAUUAAGCUGGCUUUGGAAACUGGAUGAGUGUGAUGUGAGCCCACUAAGGGUAAGUGAGGCACUCAACAUUUUGACCUAUACUGGAACAUACUGCUGAACAGGGUCUACUUUUUCUCUCUCUUUCCUGAACAGGGUAUACAAUUUGCAUGAGCUUAUCCUACAAAAAGGAACCUAAAACAGAGAUUAAGGUUGUUAUCCUAAACAAGGACAGUAGGGCCAUUUAUACGAGGAAAAAUAAGACGCGUCUUACAUAAGACGCGUCUUAAAUAAGACGCGAACUUUCCGUACAAACGGCACAUUUCGUCUAAAAUAAGACGCGGCUUAGCUAAGACGCGUCUUAUUAGAUAAGACAUGCUCGUAUAAAUGGUACAGUUCCCGUCUUAUUUAAGACGCGUCUUAUUUUUCCUUGUAUAAAUGACCCUAGUGUUUUUCUUGGGGGAUUUUAGGGUCAUUAAAUAAGGUGUUGUGUCAGUGUUUGAAGAGCUGGCGUCACACCUGUACCCAAACUUUCCUUGAGUGUCCCCCAGGAGUGUUUCAAACCCUCAACGGUAAAUUUGUGUCCACAGUAAUGUGUCGUGAACCUGACUCAUCACCUUCAAAUUUGACUUUGUUGAAAAUGUCAGCUACAGUAACUGCUUUGAUCAUUUAUAGUGCAGGGAAGGGGCAUUUUACUUGUUGUAGGAGCCCAAGGUAGUGCCAGUUGCAUACCUGCCAACCUCCAGAGAUCUAAAAUCUGGAGACUCUCUAUUUUGCACUACACCCCCCCACCCAACCCCCAAAUGUCAACAGCACCAACACCCCCACCCCCCCCUCCGCGCCAACAAAUUGCCUUAGGACAUUAUAUGACGUCUUACAUGACGUACAUGGGAUCAUAAUGCGCUUUCAUCAUUGUAAUGACGAACUAAUCUUUGUCAUUGACUAAACAUGUGCAAGAAUGUCCCAGAAACUGUUCAAUGAAUAAAAAAAAGUUCGAAUUUUGUGAAAAAAUGGACUAAAUUUCAAACUAAAGCACAGAAAUGCUCAAAAGUCCAUUUUAUCCGGGAGAUUUGGUGCUCUAACCGGGAGAUCGGGAGAUUUGAUGAAAAACUUGGAGACUCCCGGGAAAACUGGGAGAGUUGGCAGGUAUGCAGUUGACUAUAGACUAAUCCACAACUUACAAGAGGGCAAGAUAAGAAUUAAGGGUCUUGAGAAGGGUUCAGGAGAAGAGUUCAUUUUUUUAUCUCUCGCCCGUAGUAUUUUUCUUUCUUCCUUGUUCAAUUGUAACAGAUGGAAUUCCUUGAGAAUUCUGCUACUAUGGUACCUGUGUAUAUGUUGCAGGUUAAAGUUGAUUUCAGGUUGUUUUGAUUUAACCUAGGUUGACUCUUAAUAUUUCCUUUGUCUCUUAAACCUAAUUAAUGAAUAAUUAGGAAUAGGAGACAAAGAAAACUGACAAACAACCUAGAUUUAAGAAUUUUAACCUGAAUUUAAUUUUGACCUGUAACACAUCGCUGUCUUGGGUGUCCUGUGUUAACUGCAAUGGACGUUCCUAUAUGCCAUUUUGUUUAGCUCAAGUAGACAUGGGGUUCUGGAGCUUUGCAAAUCUAUUGUGAUCAAUGGCAUGCAGUCAGUUAUGCGACCACGUCUCCUAAGCAAUCACCUAUCAAAGAUACCAAAAUGUCAGUGCCAGUCAAAGCAGUAGAAACCUCUCAUAAACAUCAAAGAAAGCGACCACUCUGGGCCGACCGGUUGAAAGAGAGUAUUAAACUAAGUGACAACAUAGAACUGCACAUAUUUUCACUUAGAAAUUGUAUGUAAUAAAUUAGUUUCUGUCAAACCUGUUCCACGUCGAGGCCUUUCGAUAAUACAAAAGUCACUUUCUCGUUUUUGACUUUAAACAGGUGUGAUCUUGUACCAGUGUUCGCCUUUGGACAGAACAACUUGUUUCCUCUGAUAGGCGGGGGAUACAAUUCACGUUUCUCAAGGUUCAACCGCUGGCUGUAUUCAAACACCCGCUGUGGAUUUUGUUGUUGUUGGGGGUUUUCCUGGUGUCUUCCAAAACGAUCUCCUAUUUUCGUAGUGGGUAAGGACAUCAGUUGUUUUUUAAAAUUAAUAUUUUGUCAUUGUCGCAGAGGUAACUGUCUGUCCCCACGCAUCGAUCUCUUAAAAAACAGAUUACUUUCGACACUUUUAAAACUACUCCAAGUUGGUUUACAUCUGUCCUAAGGAGGGUGUAAAGAGGGUGUCACAGGAAGGCCAUAAUCGUUUAGAAACAAAUACGUAAGAAAAAGCUUCAGAAAUACAAGAAGACAUGUUACAAAAAUUCCUUCAAUUUCAACUUUCAAACUUCUACUGUGUGUAUUAAAAAGAAAAGAAAACUAUAUUUGUCAGUUGAAGCAAGGGCCAUACGAAACAAAGGUACUAAAGCUACAGAAAAACGGGCAACAAAAAAGUACAACUUGUUUUGCAUUAAAGAGAUUAAGAUUUACGUUUACGCCAAACGGCAAACGUGAAUUUGUACCACGUGACCAAGUUUUUCCUUUAAUUGUCGUCAACUGUUUAUUACUUCAACUAAAAAAUAAGUAGUUUGACGCCCGUUUUAUACAUAAGAAUUGUUCUGUACAGUUUUUAUCGGCUUAUUUUCGAUUUUGAGAAAUUAUCAACUUGAAUCUGACGUUUGCCGUUUGGCGUAAACGUGAAUCUUAAUGUCUACUAUUUCUAGAAAACAAGUUGAAAAGCUAUAUGUUGCGCGAUUUACCACAAACGAUCAAAACUGCCUCACAACAAAUCAGGUUUUUGCAAGUUGCGCAAAUACUGAAUUUGCGUCACUUGCUGCAAAACAAGGAAAACAAAACGGGCAACAAAACAAGUUUGCCUUGCGCCGCGCGGUAAAACGCCCAACAUGAACUUCUUUGUACUAUCUGCAUUUUCAUUACUUCUUUUCUACCUCGUCCCCAGGGUCUUCUCGUUCUCCAGUAUUGGAAAACGAGAAGACCCUGGGGUCGAGGUUGAAAAGAAGUAAUUAAUAGAGAGGAGAAAUGUGACGUCACGUCACCAUGGUAGCACUAUUCACUGGAUAACAACAAAACCAACGACAAAAAAGUAAUAGGUUUUUAUUGACAAAACAACGUGCAUCAUGCCAUUUUGUUCAUUUCUCUGCCGUGGUUGCACCCUUGGGACAUGAAACUUCCUAAUUUCACACGCUCGUUUUAUGGAGUGGGUGAACACAACACAAAUGUUGUCUUUUUCAUUUUCUAAACUUAAAUACGGUCCUUUCGGAUUCAACCUGAGAAAAUGUCGCUAACCUUUGCCUAAUUAAAUAAAAUUGAAUAAGAUGGAUGAAGUUUAAAGAAGUGCGAAUUCACUUUGUAGGUGACAUUUUCGGUUUGUUGUCAUCCAAAAAUUUUGCUACCAUGACAACGUGACGUAACGACUUCUCCUCUCUAUUGAAAGGUCAAAAUAGAUCAGGUGAAAGAUAUAAGGGUACCUGGGAAGCUAGAACGGGGAUCCUGAACAGCAAGAACGUAACAAAACAAACUAGAAAGACAAUUUCCUCAUGCACGUUGUGCAUUUUCAUACAUUUCUCAGCUCUUAAGUUCUUAAAACAGUCAUCCAAGAAGAUCAAAUAGAAGUUUUUGGCGGAGAAUGUGAACACUUGAUUGUAAAUUUCGUUUCUUUGAACUUAAAAGACUCGUAGUCCCCACACUGUUUAACUCUUAGGCCGUUUAAUCUCGAGAAAAAAAGAUAACUAAAAAUAUUCAACGCGACUGGCCGUCCUCAAGGACAACGAGGUGGAGUUUCUAGAUAAUAUACACCCAACUUCGCCCCCAGAGGACCCUGAGAAGGAGGCUGUUUGUUAAACGGAAUCCGCUGGAUCCGUUCCCAGUACCCUACGUCGACGUCACGCUCGGCCGUUGUAAGAGGAGGUUGUUUGAGACUAAUGUAGAACCCAAAUUCACACUUAUUGUCGAUCUGACAUCAUCUCUGACUCGUAGUCCAUACUAGCGUUAUUACGUCGUGUACAGCCGUCUACACAAAGCCAAGAAAAACGCACAUCUGUCUACACUUCGACCCCAGGCUAUUUAAUGUGGACCUAAAGGCCGAAACGCUAAAACAUGGAUGCGUUUUCCGAAGAAAAUGCAUUUUUGUGGGUGGUUUCUUCGCCUAUUCAAAUGUAAAUUAAGACUUGUGUUCUUUAAUUUACUUUCAUUUUCUGAAUUUUUCCUGUGCCUUAUUUUAUCUUUACAGUAGGUUCGCCCAUUCCCGUGGACAAGAUUGAAAAUCCAACACAGGAAACUAUCGAUAAACUGCACUCGCGCUACAUCGAAGAUAUAAAGGAACUGUAUGAAAAAUACGUCAAAACGUACCACCCUACGGACAAAUCGGAACUUCUUAUUGUCUAAAGGGUCAUUCGUAAUAGGUUGCAGUAGUUGUUAAAG